AUGGUUAACAAGCAGAACAUGACCACUGUGGCCAGCAGAGGGCAGCAGAACCAGAUUACUUGUGCAGGUGGCUCCAGUGACCCUGUGGCCACUACUGUGAACAUCUGUGCUCCAGGAGACCAGGACGACACAGGGGAGUUCUCUGCUUACCCUGUCCCAUUUUGCUUCCCUCUGAAUGAUGGGUUUGGGGUGAGUAUGAGAUUGAAGACAGAUUUUAGUCCUGUGUUCGAAGCCAAGAAGAAAGCACGCUGUCCUGGACUUGGCUUGUUUUAUACAUUAUUAUCUGCCUUCCUUUUCUCAGUGGGCUCUUUAUUUGUUAAAAAAGUGCAAGACGUCCAUGCUGUAGAAAUUAGUGCAUUCCGAUGUGUGUUCCAAAUGCUAGUCGUUAUCCCUUGCUUAAUAUACAGAAAAACCGGAUUCAUAGGCCCCAAAGGUCAACGCAUUUUCCUCCUCCUCAGAGGAGUCCUGGGCUCCACCGCCAUGAUCCUUUUGUACUACGCUUUCCAGGCGACGUCCCUGGCCGACGCCACCGUCAUCACGUUUAGUUCUCCAGUGUUCACGUCCAUAUUUGCUUGGAUAUUUCUCAAGGAGAAGUACAGCCCCUGGGAUGCCCUCUUCACCGCCUUCACGAUCACCGGCGUGAUCCUCAUCGUGAGGCCCCCGUUUCUGUUCGGAGCCAGCGCUGCGGGCACGGACGAGAGCUACUCUGUUCACCUGAAGGGCACGUUCGCAGCAGUGGCGCACGCUGUCUUUGCCGCCGUGACCAUGGUCAUCAUCAGAAAGAUGGGGAAGUCCGUGGACUACUUUCUGAGCAUUUGGUAUUAUGUCGUACUCGGCCUCCUAGAGAGCGUCAUCGUCCUCUUCAUCAUAGGGGAGUGGAGUCUGCCAUACUGCGGGUUGGACAGGCUGUUUCUCAUCCUCAUCGGCCUGUUUGGUUUGGGGGGUCAGGUGUUUCUCACGAAAGCCCUCCAAAUAGAAAAAGCAGGCCCAGUGGCAAUAAUGAAGACGAUGGAUGUGGUCUUUGCUUUCAUCUUCCAGAUUAUUUUCUUUAACGAUAUGCCCACGUGGUGGACGGUGGGCGGGGCCCUGUGCGUUGUAGCCAGUAGUACCGGCGCGGCCAUUCGGAAAUGGUGCCAGAGCUCCAAAUAA